AUGGGCCCCAUCCCUACCUCUCAGACCACCAAGAUGGCUACUCCAAUCUCCGCCGCCCCGCUGUCCAAUGCAUCGCAGCAUGAGAAGGCCAUGCUUAUUGACAUCUACGAGCUGCUGAAUAAGCUGUUCGUGCGCAACCGCAACCAGCAUCGCCGCAGCCACUGGUGGAAGAGCCUGCACGCGUUCCGGAAGCAACUCGCCCUUCUUCUCUCAGAAAUGGAGACAGGCAGGAAGUCAGAGCGCGACACCAAGAUUGAAGCCAGGCUGCAUUACUGGGACGAGAAAUGCGUGCACGUGUGGUACUGCCAGUUCUCGCAGCUCAUCGCCGUAGGACCAUUCGCUAUGCUGGGCUUGGUCAUGAUGGCGUCUGUUGCGCGGCUAUGUCGCAUCACGGGCAUUACGACUGCGUAUGAGGAGAUUGCCUCGGGCGACAUCCAGGGUGUCCUGAGCGCCAACGAUGAGCUGGCCAUGGCGAGCGAGUUUGGUGGUGUCAUCGAUGAGGAGGUAGAGUGGGACGAGGGCGUCGUGAUUGCAAGAGAGGACUAA